AUGGCUUCAGUAGGCGUUGCUCCCUCUGGGCACAAGAACAGCAGCGGCACCAGCAUGGGUGCUGAGAAGCUACCAGAUCAGAUGAACGAUUUGAAGAUAAGAGAUGAUAAGGAAGUGGAAGCUACUAUUAUUAAUGGCAAGGGAACAGAGACUGGACACAUAAUUGUCACAACUACUGGUGGCAAAAAUGGUCAGCCGAAACAGACCGUGAGCUACAUGGCUGAGCGGAUUGUUGGUCAAGGUUCAUUUGGUAUUGUAUUCCAGGCUAAAUGUUUGGAGACAGGGGAAACUGUUGCCAUUAAGAAGGUCCUUCAGGAUAAGCGCUACAAGAACCGUGAGCUACAGACCAUGCGCCUGCUUGACCACCCAAAUGUUGUAGCUCUGAAGCAUUGUUUCUUUUCUACAACUGAGAAGGAUGAACUGUAUCUAAACUUGGUUCUUGAGUAUGUGCCUGAGACUGUCCAUCGUGUUGUCAAGCAUUACAACAAGAUGAACCAGCGCAUGCCACUAAUCUAUGUUAAGCUGUAUACGUACCAGAUAUGUAGGGCUCUGGCUUACAUUCAUGGCAGCAUUGGAGUUUGCCACAGGGAUAUCAAGCCGCAAAAUCUUCUGGUAAACCCACACACUCACCAGCUGAAACUGUGUGACUUUGGGAGUGCAAAAGUUCUUGUUAAGGGAGAACCGAACAUAUCGUACAUUUGUUCCCGAUACUAUAGGGCUCCAGAGCUCAUAUUUGGUGCUACCGAGUACACUACAGCCAUUGACAUUUGGUCUGCUGGAUGUGUUCUUGCUGAGCUUAUGCUAGGGCAGCCUCUGUUUCCUGGUGAAAGUGGUGUGGACCAGCUUGUUGAAAUCAUCAAGGUCCUUGGUACUCCUACAAGGGAAGAAAUUAAAUGCAUGAACCCCAAUUAUACGGAGUUCAAAUUCCCACAGAUUAAAGCACACCCAUGGCACAAGGUAUUCCAUAAAAGGAUGCCACCUGAAGCUGUUGAUCUAGUCUCUCGGCUCCUCCAGUACUCGCCCAACCUAAGAUGCACUGCUGUGGAGGCACUUGUUCACCCCUUCUUUGAUGAGCUUCGGGACCCGGGUACCCGCCUUCCGAAUGGCCGCUUUCUGCCUCCUCUUUUUAACUUCAAGCCUAACGGAACUGAAAGGAAUCCCAGCGGAUGUUGCGGCAAAAUUGAUCCCAGAACACGCGAGAAAGCAGAGCCCCCAUGCAUGACUAUGAGAUGUUUGUCUCACGAGUCGUUGGAAUUGCAUCGACAAGUGCGCAUUUCUCCUGGGGAUGUUGGUUGGGCAGGCAUGCGAGCGUGA